CCGCUGUCAGUCGUCAAUAGUCGCUGUUCUGCAGUUCGCUGACUAAAAUUUAUAUAAAUUUAGUCCAUCUAAGAAAAUUUAGUGAGAUUUACAUUUAUUAUAAAAUAGUUUUUCUAGUCUACUAUAAUUAGUUUUAUUCUGUAGCAAGCUAUAACAAUUGAAUAAUCAUGGAAAACGACAUCUUAGACUCACUCAAUGAUUUGGGCUAUGAAGGUCCGCUCUCAGAAGAAAUUGCAUUCUCCAAAGCCCUUGAUGGAGGAGCCAAGUCGCUUGAAUAUACUAAGCUGGUUCACAUUUUAGCUGAAGAGCUCAAGAAACUAUGUAAACUAGAAGAGACAGUCAAUAUGAUGAACAAUACAGAUGAAUCAAGUUCUUUCUUACUUGAAUUGAGCUCAUUUCUAAAGGAACUUGGUUGUCCAUACAAGAAAUUGGUAACAGGUCACAUGUCUUCCCGUCUUCAGAGUAAAGAGGAUAAAAUUCUACUCCUAGACUAUUUAAUAUCAGAACUGAUGGCAGCUAGAAUGAUAAGUGUGGACGGUCAGAAGGAUAAGCCUAGUUCGGGAAUGGAAAUUGUUAUGCAAGAAUCUCCAACUGCCAAGGAUUUAAAAGAUAUAUUAAUUACGUUGAAAUUCAACAAGCCCCCUCCAAAUAUAACGCCAGAGAUAUUAUUUUCGAAGUUAGAAGCUAAACUAAAGGACACCAUACAGAAAGAGGGUGACCAACUAGUAGGUAAGCCGUUAUACAAUAAGUCCAUACCGGACAAGGAUUGGAAACAAUUAGAGACAUCGUUCAAAGAAAUGUACGAAGAGUAUAGAUUGAGAAGAGAAACUCUUAUUACAAGAUUAGAAUGCACUAUACAAAGUUUUGAGUGGUCUGAUCGUCUCAAAUCAAAGAAAGACAACAUCCAGUCAACAUACAGACCGAAGAGAGAAAAUUUAAAAGUUAAACCCGACGUUAAGUUCUCCGACUUCCUAGCGGCAAGAACAGCACUGUUGCAAGUCGAGAAGACGUCGAGUGCGAGCGUGAGAAAGAAUACAAUGAGUGAUGUUAACAAAGUUCUCAUAGGGAGGGUUCCUGAUAGAGGAGGUCGUCCCAAUGAACAACAGCCUCCUCCACCUGAAAUGCCUUCCUGGCAACAGCGGUCUGCCGCUCCCCAGCGUGGCGGUCGGGGAGGCGGUGGGGGAAUGGGCGGAGGGGCCGGCGGAGAGAGGGGUCGUGGUGGACCCGGUGGAGAUAGAGGUCGUGGUGGGGGGCGCGGUGGUGGUCGUGGUGGUGACGGCCAGCAGCGCGGAGGAACGCCCCGAGGGGGCGGUCGGGGAGGACGUGUUCAAGGAGGAUAUAACCAAUCUGUUGAUCAGAGACCUCAAACGAGUCCUGGAAUGAACCAGAACCAACGAAACUACCAAACAUACGAAGUGCCUCCCGGAGGCUACAACCAAGGCUACCAGCAGCAGAACAAUUAUCAGGAUUACGAUCAGGGUAACCAAAACCGCGGUUACAACCAGGGGCACGGCUUUAAUCAGAACUACAAUCAAGGUUAUGACAGUAGUGGGGGUUAUAAUCAAGGUUAUUCGACUCAAGGAGGGGGUUACAAUAAAGGUUACCACAGCAAUCAACGCUACCAGAACGAGCACGAUGACCGCGACAACCGCAGAGGUGGCUACCGGGGAAGACGCUAACAUUAGUCAAAUUUUAUAACCUAAAUUCUAAAACCACAUAAUUAACGACUAGAUUUGAACACAGUGACAUACAAAAAUUUACAUACUAUUAUCACAGCGUAAAGGAAAACUACC